GACAGACUGAUGGAAGGUGGGAUUGAACGAAGGAGAGGGACUGUCCUUUUCCCCAUUCGAUUUGUAAAUUCCCUGCUCUCUUCUCCAGCCUCCCAGCCAGGGAGCAUCUCCUCCAGACUUGGACCCCGGCCCCGCCCCCUAGCGUUGGAGCCGGCGAGCCUGGGGCUGGCGCUUAUCUCUUUAAAUGACAGCUGUGGCUCGGGUCCCAGCCCGGGCUUGACGUCAGUGCCGCCUCCCCGGCUGCGAGGAGUAGUUAGCGCCACCGUCCGCGCUCGGGACUCGCGGCGCUCCGGCGAGCUGCUGGGGCGGCGAGUUUUCUUUGCUCCCACCCCUCUCUCACCCUCCCCUCGGAGAGCCGAGCGGCGGCGUUAAGAGCCUCUUGCAAGUCUCUCUCACACUUCCCCGCCGUCGCCCCAAAGGAGCAGCCGCUCCUCCUAGCGCCUCCACCGCCUUCACCUCCGUCACCGUGGUGCCCGCUGAGCUCCUCUCCCGCGCUUCGCUCCCCCGAUGGAGACCGAGCGCCGCGGUCGCCACCGCUGCCCCCAGCCCUGAACCGGGCCGCCCCGGCCCGAGGAACGUGCCGUCCGGCCCGAGGGCGCACCAGGCGCGCGUCAAGGCCGGGGGCCGGCGAGGGUGCAGGUCGCGGGCUUCGGGAACCAGAAAGUGCGGCUUUCCCGGGUCCCCUGGCCAGCGGCGGGGCGGACCAUGGCUUUGAAGGACACGGGCAGCGUCGGCAGCACCAUCCUGCCCAUUAGCGAGAUGGUCUCUUCGUCCAGCUCUCCUGGCUCGUCGGCGGCGGCCGCCCCGGGGCUCUGCGCGCCCUCGCCUUUCCCGGAGGUGGUGGAGCUGAACGUGGGCGGCCAGGUGUAUGUGACCAAGCACUCGACGCUGCUCAGCGUCCCGGACAGCACCCUGGCCAGUAUGUUCUCUCCCUCCAGUCCCCGGGGCGGCGCGCGACGCCGGGGCGAGCUGCCCAGGGACAGCCGGGCGCGAUUCUUCAUCGACCGGGACGGCUUCCUUUUCAGGUACGUGCUGGAUUAUCUGCGGGACAAGCAGCUAGCGCUGCCCGAGCACUUUCCGGAGAAGGAGCGACUCCUGCGCGAGGCCGAGUACUUCCAGCUCACCGACCUGGUCAAGCUGCUCUCGCCCAAGGUCACCAAGCAGAACUCGCUCAACGAUGAGGGCUGCCAGAGCGACCUGGACGACAACGUCUCGCAAGGGAGCAGCGACGCGCUCCUCCUGCGGGGGGCGGCGGCCGCCGCGCCCUCGGGCCCCGGAGCGCCAGGCAGCGGGGGCGCGCUGGACAAGCGCUCUGGCUUCCUCACGCUGGGCUACCGUGGCUCCUACACCACAGUUCGCGACAACCAGGCAGAUGCCAAGUUUCGGCGGGUGGCGCGCAUCAUGGUGUGCGGACGCAUCGCACUGGCCAAGGAGGUGUUUGGUGACACGCUCAACGAGAGCCGCGACCCCGACAGACCUCCCGAGAAGUACACGUCCCGCUUCUACCUCAAGUUCACCUACUUGGAGCAGGCGUUCGAUCGCCUGUCCGAGGCCGGCUUCCACAUGGUGGCGUGUAACUCCUCGGGCACCGCCGCCUUCGUCAACCAGUACCGCGAUGACAAGAUCUGGAGCAGCUACACGGAGUACAUCUUUUUCCGGCCACCUCAAAAAAUAGUGUCACCAAAACAAGAACAUGAAGACAGGAAACAGGACAAAGUCACAGAUAAAGGAAGUGAAAGUGGGACUUCCUGCAAUGAGCUCUCCACUUCCAGCUGUGACAGCCACUCAGAGGCAAGCACUCCCCAGGACAACCCACCCAGUGCUCAGCAGACAACAGCUCACCAGCCUAACACCUUAACUCUGGAUCGGCCUUCCAAAAAAGCUCCGGUGCAAUGGAUGCCCCCGCCAGACAAACGCAGGAACAGUGAACUCUUUCAGACACUCAUCAGCAAGUCCCGGGAGACAAAUCUUUCCAAAAAGAAAGUCUGUGAGAAGCUCAGUGUAGAAGAAGAAAUGAAAAAGUGUAUUCAGGAUUUUAAAAAAAUCCACAUUCCAGAUUAUUUUCCAGAGCGCAAACGCCAGUGGCAAUCUGAACUGUUACAGAAGUAUGGGUUAUAGUAAUGAUCACAUUCCUGCAGUACUCCAAUGACAUUCAAUGUUUACUACAGUGUCACUACCUGACUGUGUCUUCACAAUGGUCAGCGUGAUUCUUGCUGCUCUUCCGUUUUGUGAACAGUGGAUGUGGGACAGUAUUUUCUUUUAUUCCUUUUGUUGUUGUUUUUAGAAAUAUUUUAAAAAGAACAAAAGAAAACCAAUAAAUAUGAAUCAAAAUGGUGUGUCUGAAUCAAACCACGUUUCAAGAAUGAAAGUAAAAUGUGCAUGAUCAAGAAGCUUAGAAUCUUGAUUUUUGAACUGUGGUCAACUGGAUAUGUUUGCCAUUUGGUAACUCACUAAAAACAAAUCAUCGUAUCACUCCAAAUACAAUGACAAUAUGGAUGAAGCAACAUCAAAUGUUAGAUGGUGGUUUUAGGACCCAAAUCCAAAACUGUUUAAAUGUUAAUGCAAUAAAACAAGUAUUAUUUUUGCAUGAACACAAUGUUACAAACAAAUCACAAGACAUAGGGAAGAUCUGUUUGAUGCUUGAGAAGAAACCAUAUUAUAAAAAUGUAAAGUAAACAACAUGUUUCAGGUAAAGCCUAUAAAUGUAAGCUGUCUCUAGGAGAUUGAAUUUUAUUUGUCCUGGAGCUGUGAUUUUUUUGUGUAUGUAUAUGGUGUUCUGUAUGUUCUGAUGGUGUAAAUAUGCCUUAUACUGUUGUGUUAUGGAACUGACAUUCACCCAUUAAUGCUAGCCAUGAUUGUUUCUGUGAAAUGAGUGCUUACAUCAGGCUGUGAAAAUUGGUAUAAUGAUGUUCUGAAAGACCCUACUAUUGUGUUAAUCAAAAUAAUUGAGGGAAAUGGUCAAAAGCUUUAUGUAUUUAUUA